GGGCCCCGGGGGGAGCUAUGCCCCAGGCACUGCGCAGUGCCUGGGAAGUGAAAUGCCUCUGGAUCUCUGGGGGUAAGCAGAGCGCAGGUGCGACCGGUUUGGGUAGCAGCUUCAUCGAGUAGCGGGCAUUUGUGGCAGCAGUAUCCACAACAGGUUCCACCCGACUCCAUCCUGGAAAGUCCUUUUGAAGAAAUGGCCCUGGUGAGGGGCGGCUGGCUGUGGAGACAGAGCUCCAUCCUCCGCCGCUGGAAGCGGAAUUGGUUCGCUCUGUGGUUGGAUGGCACACUGGGUUACUACCAUGACGAGACGGCACAGGACGAGGAGGACCGAGUAGUCAUCCACUUCAAUGUCCGAGACAUAAAGGUCGGCCAAGAGUGUCAGGAUGUGCAGCCCCCAGAGGGCAGGAGCCGAGAUGGCCUGCUGACAGUGAACCUGCGGGAGGGUUCCCGCCUGCACCUGUGCGCUGAGACCCGGGAUGAUGCCAUAGCAUGGAAGACUGCCCUGAUGGAGGCAAAUUCCACCCCGGCCCCAGCUGGAGCCACCGUCCCACCCAGGAGCCGUCGGGUUUGCCCUAAGGUCAGGUGUACGACCCUCUCAUGGAACCCCUGUAAGGUUGAGAGGCGGAUCUGGGUACGCGUCUACAGCCCGUAUCAGGACUACUAUGAGGUGGUGCCACCCAACGCACAUGAAGCCACAUAUGUCCGCAGCUACUAUGGGCCACCUUAUGCAGGUCCUGGUGUGACACACGUGAUAGUUCGAGAGGACCCCUGCUACAGCUCAGGCGCCCCUUUGGCCAUGGGCAUGCUUGCUGGGGCUGCCACGGGUGCUGCUCUUGGUUCACUUAUGUGGUCGCCUUGUUGGUUCUGAGCCCUGGGGCUCUGACUUCUGGAUGUGCAUGUAGAACACAAGAAGACCCUUUUCUUCUGGAUCCUCUGCUAGCUACCAUCUAAACUGUCCCAUUUUGACCCCUUUCUCCCCAUUAAGCCCUCUACGCUUGGCCCAUUACUCCCACCAUUUAUCCUCUUUUCCGUCUCAAAGGAAGCUAACAUCUCAGGCACAGACAUAGCCAAAAGUCCAUACACCCAUUGCCAGGCACUCCCAUAAGUCACAUGUGAAUUUUCUCUACACAUAGCAAACAUAACUUCAUUUGGCUCUAAGUGUCUGAGGAAUGGAGCUCACAAGAGAGCAAACAACAAAGCUACAGUUAUCUGUCUGGUAAGGAUAAGUCGGGGCAAGGAGCGAGGUCUGGGUGCCCAAAGAAUCAAAUAACAGUUGGCUUGGUGUUGUGGCAGGGGUUGGUUGUAGUGGUUCUAGCUCUAUGUGAAGGAGCUUGCUGGAUAAAGGCACGAUGGGGCUUUUUAUGGAGUAAAGUUUCUUGAUUUCAACUAUAAUGAAUACUUUGCCUGUCUAGUUAGUACUGGCAGGACAUACCCUUAACCAAAACAUGGAAUUUGGCACCUUUUCCUCACUUGUAGCUUCCCUAUGAUAGCUGAGCUAACCCUAAGGUUUCCUAGCUGUGGGAAGAGGUGAGUUCUUUGAGACCUCCGGCCUUAGGAAGUUGCUUCCAUUAGGAAAUGCCUUUCUGAUCCCAGGAGCUCAGCUCGACUGUUAACAUCUGAAGCUUAUUCUCUUCCUUCCCGCUGGGGGGAGACGGCAUUAUCUUGUUCUGGGGCCUGACCCACCUUGGCACCAGCCUGGGGAACCCCUCAUGUGCCUGUCUAUAGGUAGCAAGCAAUCUCUCCAUUUGAUCCUGUUCCAAACUAUUCCAUCAUCCUGUCCCAAUUGCCAAUAGAAAAGCUAAAAUCCCUGGCUCAGUUGCUAGAGUGCCUAGUAAAAUUCCUAGCAUAUGUGAGCGCUCCAUUGGCUCAGCACAGACACUAAUAAAGACAUGAUUGGCCCCAGAACUGGCUUUGCUUGUUUUGUUCCUCCAGGAUGUUUCCUUGAGACAACUCUGUGACACAGCAUCUUCUGUAGAGUGCAUUAUGAGUUUAUGUGGAAUUGGUGACAGCUAUGUGAAUGAACAAUUUGGGACAAUUCAUUAUCUAUCUUGCUUUCCCUGGACUAUCACCUUAGCUCAUAGAACAGAGAUGAAGUUGGUUAUCUCUGAAGAGUCAAAAAGAGGAUCUCAUAUUCUAAGAGUCAAAAAGAGGAUCUCUGUUCUAUGAGCUAAGGUGAUAGAUAAUCCAGAGCUGGCACUGCCUGCCAAGAGACUUCUGAUGUUAGAAUAUUUGUAUGUGUGCAUGAAUGUAGAAGGCCAGAGCUCAACAGCCUUAAUGCCUUUAUCAAUCUUCACCUUAUUUUUGGUGUCUCUCACUGAACCUGGAGCUCACCAUUUUGGCUAAACUGACUGGCAUGCGAGCACCAGGGAUCCUCCUGUCUCUGCCUUCCAAAGGCUGAGAUUAAAGAAAGGUUCCUGCUGUGGUACCCAACUUUUUAUCUGGGUGCUGUGUCCCCGUGCUUAUGUGAUGUUUACUGACUAAAACAUCUCCUCAGCUCCCAGGUGUCAGGACUGUUUCCACUGUUGCUUCUCCAACCUAAACUUGAACUAAUUAACUGUUCUCAUAGAAACCUCGUGGCUAGGAACAAACAGAAACUGCAUUAGGUUUCUGGAGGCUGUCAAAUGGCAGAAACCCCAGCCAAAACUGACUUAAGCCAAAGGGAAAACAGGGCAGCCAGGACUGAAAGCUAGAUCAAGAAUUCAGAACCAGACCCUGCUCCCACACUGACAAAGCUGUACUGAGUAUGACCAUAUGAUAUUAAGUCGAGCAGAGGUCCCAGGAACCACAAGGCCAACCCUCCAAGCAUCUUCUCGCAGUACCUUUGUUUUCACCAACCUCUCUUGUCAUUUGUUGUGUCCUAAUGCUACUUCUGAAGAUAGCUGCACCAAUAAAAUCUAUGGCCUGUGGUUUUUACUCUUACAGUAAUGGGGCAGGAGAAAGAGUCAGACGUGGCUGAACCAAGGCAGGGAUUUCCUUUGAUCUGUAAGCAGUCAGACUUUGGGGUCAUAAGAACUGUAGUAAUUGUUCAAUCAUAUCUGAAUGGUUUAAGAUUAUGCCUGAGCUCCAAUAAAGCUUGAGCUUGCUUA